AUGUCAUGUUCACUGUUUGUGGCAGAAGUUCGUGGUUCGAGAAGAUGCUCCGUUUGUAGAUGUGACAUCUCCGCCCAUGAGCCUGCUGCAAUAUAUGUCCAACCAGAGCGAAUUUUCUCGAAUCUCCCACCAAUUGCCACAUCAUCAAGUGGAAGUAACAAUAAUAAUAGCACCAGUUUCAGUAGAAGAAUGUCUAAUACUCCGAGGAGUCACACAACUACAAUCAUCAACAAUAACAGUAACAACAGCGGACUUCCGAUGUCUGAACAUUCGGCGUUCAGUCCGUAUGCAAGACCAGCGUCACUUACAUCGACUCAGGACUCAAAACAAUACCAUCAAACACCUCACGUAGUCCUUCGUCCGGAACCUCGAUUGGCCCUUCCACCACUUCUUCAACGUCAAGAAGGAUCCGAUUCGAACAUUUCGAAGAAGAUCAGGAGCAAACGAAGAGAACGUCCAAGAAGUGUCGGUUUACUCGAUCUGGGCGUCGCCAGUCUAACUUAUCACGACCAAGAGGGAAACGACAACGAGGACAAAAGCUCCAACGGCUGCUCACCUCGAAUUCCCGAGGAGCAACGAUUGCACGAUUUCAAGCGAAUUCUUCAACGAUUUCAGUCAGCGGAUCGAGGAUCCUCCUCCUCAACUUCAUCCCAUCAUCACAAUCAUUCACACCUCAUGUCGCCACCGAUUGCCACAUGGUCAGCAACGCCGAUAAAGAGUGGCGGUUCACAAGAGUCAUGGUCAACUCCGCCACAUCAUCAUCGUAGUAGUCUCAAUUCGAAUUACAGAGACAGCCCAGUAAACUCGCGUAACACAUCAGCCCGAUCCAGAUUGAGCGUCUCUUCUGCUCAAAGCCCACACUGCUUCCUGCCGACAACCCGUGACUCUUCACCUAGAUCUAUUCCUAGUCCAUCCUUAGUCCCGAUGAGACCCGACAGUUCACCUGAUAUCACUAUCAAUGAACUACAUCACUCGCCUUUUAGUCAUACUGGCUCCACUCCUGAACCCACAGAAAUUAUCUCAAAGCCUGUUUCGAAGGCGCCAUCUCGACGAGCUUCCUACACUACCGGUUACCCGAAUCAUGAGACGUUUGCCCCUAUUAGAUGGGUGAAAGAGACAGAUGUCGAUGAUCCACUUUCAAUUCCAACUAUGAGUCCGGUCGGCUCGUCCGGGUCUUCAGAAGCAAAUGUAGGCGUGCUCUCAAUGAGAAGUGCACCAAUGUCAAAAAUGCCCAGUGUGGAGAAGUUGGAUAAUAGAAAUAACUCAAUUCGCGGCUAUAACAACAGAAGUUGUCGUAGAACAGUGCUCUCCGGUCUCGAUCGGAAUGCCAAUCACUCUCCAAACGGUAUCUACGUGCGCCGGAGUCGGUCAAAAGACGAUCGUCCAUCAUUGAGUUACAUGUCAUUCAACGGAAUGGAUCAACAAAAUGUAUCUCCACCACGAACAGCUUCCAUUCCUAUCUUCAUGUCACAAGAAUCCGUAUCAAUGCAGUCUCCAAUGAAUUCUCCAGUCAAUCACUCAAUGACACAUGUUAGUAGAAAUGAAAGGACACAGAGUACUCAUAAUCUGUCUGGGGAAGAACUGUACAAGCGAUUUCAACAGAUUUCACUUUCUCAUGUUCAAACAUUGAAUAUUGUUGCUGAUAAACUAGCAGAAGAAGCACGAAGAGGAGAUGAACCAGUAUCAAGGAAUCGAUUAACACAGUUAGAUUUCACUUCUUUCAUUAUUACUUCUCCACAUCCUAUUCUCACAAAAGGAAAAUCUCUGUUUUAUAAUGCAGUGUUGCCAAGGCAGAACCUUCCAGAUUACCCUGUUACUCUUAUGAUUGCUCCAUGCUCUCAAUAUGCUCCACUCAUGAGAAAAACAGAAUCCAAUCAUUUUGGUCUACCAGGAUUUCUUGAAAUUGAAGACCAUGACGGAGCAAUUCGUCAAUUCCUCUACGACACUGGAACCCAAAAUCUCGAUGGACGAAACACGAAAGUCAUCGCAAUGCCACGUCUCAAUCUUUGUUCUUUCCAUAGUUUAGCUGCUCAUCAAUUGAAUCAAAGAAUGGAUAGAACCAAUCACGAGGAACUUGUCAGUUUCAUUCUGCUUCAAGUUCUACAAGCACUGAAAAUGCUUCAAGGAGAAGGAGUGGAGUCUUUAAGUACUAACUUCAAAGAAUUCCUUCUGGCUUAUCGAUAUUCAAAUGUGAACUCUUCCUACAAUGAGUUUCCGAGAUUACUUUUCUUGCCAGAAACUCUUGGAGCAGAAAUUGAAAGCGGAGGAGACGAACUUGUAGGUCUUUGUCGAUAUGCUCUCCGUGCUCUUUGCACUUUACUUCAUCAUAAAAUGGAUGGAAAAGCACCAGCUAUCAAGCUAAGAUCGCGCUUCUCUCGAGCUCUUUCUGCUUGUGCAGUUCUCCUCCAAGAGGAUAAAUCCAACAGUUUGACAAAAGCCAAGAAUGUGAUGGAGUUGGCACUUUGGUCGGGUGGAGAACAUUUCAAAAAUGAGCAAGAUGCUAGAGUUUGGAUUGAUACUGCCAGAGCUGAUUGUGUCGAUACUUUGCUUCGUCAAAUGAUACGUGAACCAAAUCGUCAGUUGGGUGCUCGGGAACGUUUCCGAGUCGAAUUCUUGCUCAGCUCAACGCCCCGGUCAAUCAUGGAAUCUCAGAAAGCAACAAUGGCUGCAAACGUAAACUAA